CCAGAACUUGGAGUGGCUGGUCUCCUAUCAACACACUCUCAAGGUGCAUUACCCCAGACUGGAAGUGUCCGAAGACUGCCUGUACCUUAACAUCUACGCACUAGCCCAUGUGGACAACGGCUCCCUGUCAUGGUGUGGCUGCCCGGGGGCAUCUUCGAGACUGGCUCAGCCUCCCUUUUCCACGGGUCGCCCUGGCUGCCUAUGAGGACGUGCUGAUUGUGACUACCCAGUACCGGCUAGGAAUAUUUGGUUUUUUCAGCACAGGGGAAGAGCACGCCCGCGGGAACUGGGCCUUCAUGGACCAGAUGGCCGCCCUCACCUGGGUCCAGGAGAACAUCAAGUUCUUCGGUGGGGACCCACGCUCUGUGACCAUCUUCAGAGAGUCCUCGGGAGCCGUGAGCAUUUCCAGCCUUAUUCUGUCCCCCAGGGCCAAUGGCUUAUUCCACAAAGCAAUCAUGGAGAGCAGGGUGGCCAUCGUCCCUGUCCAGAAACUCCCUGAUGAUGAGAGGGAUGAGAAUUUGCAGGUGCUUGCAAACGAUUGUGGUUGCAACGCAUCAAACUCCGCUGCGCUGCUGAGGUGCCUGAGGGCAAGAUCCGCCAAGGAGUUGUUGGGCAUCAGCCAGAAAAUCAACACUUUCACUCUAGUGGUUGAUGGUUUUUUCUUUCCUGAUGAGCCUCUAGACCUAUUGAUUCAAAAAAAAUUUAAUUGUUCUAUCAUCGGAGUCGAUAACCACGAGUGCGGCUUCCUGCUGCCCAGGAUGGAGUCUCCUGAGAUCCCCGGGGGCUUCAACAGGUCUCUGACCCUGCACUUGAUACACCAGGUCCUGCACAUCCCCACCCAGUAUGUGCACCUUGUGGCUGAUCAAUAUUUCUACAAGCAUUCCCCAACUGAGAUACGAGAUAGUUUUCUGGACUUGCUUGGAGAUGUGCUCUUUGUGGUCCUUGGGGUGCUCACAGCUCGGUAUCACAGAGAUGCUGGUGCACCUGUCUACUUCUAUGAGUUUCAACACUGGCCCCAGUGCUUAAAUGACACAAGGCCAGCUUUCAUGAAAGCCGAUCACUCUGAUGAAAUCCGCUUCGUCUUUGGAGGUGCUUUCCUGAAAGGCGACAUUGUCAUGUUUGGGCACCCGGCCUCAUCUCCCGUGGCGGACACCGCGCAAGGCAAAGUCCUGGGCAAGUACAUCAGCGUGGAGGGGUCUGCGCAGCCCCUGGCCGUCUUCCUGGGAGUCCCUUUUGCCAAGCCUCCUCUUGGAUCCCUGAGGUUUGCUCCACCAGAGCCUGCAGAGCCAUGGAACUUCGUGAAGAACACCACCUCCUACCCUCCUAUGUGCUCCCAGGACCCUGUGGGAGGGCAGGUGCUCUCUGAACUCUUCACCAACAGAAAGGAAAACAUUCCUCUCAAGUUUUCCGAAGACUGCCUGUACCUGAAUAUUUACACUCCUGCUGACUUGAGGAAGAAAAGCAGGCUGCCGGUGAUGGUGUGGAUCCACGGAGGGGGUCUGAUACUGGGCGGGGCAUCAACCUAUAGUGGACAGGUCCUCUCUGCCCAUGAAAACGUGGUGGUGGUGACCAUUCAGUACCGCCUGGGCAUCUGGGGAUUCUUCAGCACAGGGGACGAACACGGCCGGGGAAACUGGGGUCUCUUGGACCAGGUGGCCGCGCUUCGCUGGGUCCAGGAGAACAUUGCCAACUUUGGAGGGGACCCAGGUUCCGUGACCAUCUUUGGAGAGUCAGCAGGAGGUGUAAGCGUCUCUGUUCUUGUGGUAUCUCCGCUGGCCAAGAACCUCUUCCACAGGGCCAUCUCGGAGAGUGGUGUGGCCCUCUUGUCUAUCCUGGUCAAGAAAGACAUGAAGGAUGCAGCUCAGCAAAUAGCCGUCUUUGGCGGGUGUAAGAGCACCAGCUCAGCUGUCAUGGUUCACUGCCUCCGCCAGAAGACGGAAGAGGAGCUCCUGGAGAUAUCACUGAAGAUGAAAUUUUUCACUAUUGAUUUAUACGGAGACCCCAGAGAGAGCCAUCCCUUCCUGCCCAUCAUGGUGGAUGGAGUGGUGCUACCAAAGACGCCCGAAGAGAUUCUGGCUGAAAAGAAAUUCAGCUCUGUUCCCUUUAUCAUCGGAAUCAACAAGCAAGAGUUUGGCUGGAUUCUUCCAAUGUUCAUGGGUUACCCGCUCUCUGAAGGCAAGCUGGACCAGAAGACGGCCAUGUCACUCUUGUGGAAGUCUUACCCCGUUGUUGGCAUCCCUGAGGACUUGAUUCCACUGGCCAUUGAGAAGUAUUUGGGAGGCACCGAUGACCCAGUCAAAAAGAAAGACCUGUUCUUGAACAUGAUGGGAGAUUUGCUGUUUGGUGUCCCAGCUGUGACUGUGGCUCGAUACCACAGAGACGGCGGAGCCCCCACCUACAUGUAUGAGUUCCAGUAUCAUCCAAGCUUCUCGCUGGACUCGAAGCCCAAGACGGUGGCCGGGGACCACGGGGAUGAGCUCUUCUCCGUCUUCGGGAUGCCAUUUUUAAAAGAAGGUGCCUCAGAAGAGGAGAUCGGACUCAGCAAGAUGGUGAUGAAAUUUUGGGCCAACUUUGCUCGGACUGGGAACCCCAAUGGGGAAGGGCUGCCCUCUUGGCCCGCAUAUGACCAGAAGGAAGUGUACCUGCAGAUUGGAGCCACCACUCAGCCAGCCCAGAAGCUGAAAGACAAGGAAGUGGCUUUCUGGACCGAGCUCCUGGCCAAGGGGGUAGCAAAAAUGCCACCACACACAGAGCACUUUGAACUGUGAAUGGGUGGCCCGGCUGGACGUGGAGCCCAGUCUGGGGUAUUCUAUAGAAGGUGUUUAUGAGCCAAAGAGGGAUCUUAUUGGAGGAGGCUGGGAAUGUGUCUGGAGGGGGAGGGCAGAGGCCAGGAAGGGGCUGUUGUGGCCAAUUUUGGGAAUAAAUGUUCUCUUGGAGACCA